AUGUUAUUAAAUAUCACAGAUAUAUUAUUAUGGACGGGCAAUAAUCCGAAUCAAAAAAAUAUUCAUGAUGCACAACGGAUUUUAUCUGCUGGGCAUUUAUUUAAAUGUGGAAUUAAUAGUGAAAAAAGUGAUAAUAAUGUGAUUGUAGUUACCGCGCUUUGUAUACAAACGUCACACAUGAAAGAAAAGCCGCACGAAAUAAAUGCAAAAAUUAGUAAAGCCGGGAAAAUAAUUGCAAUUACUUGCUCUUGUAAGGCAGGAUUAGGAGAAAUGUGUAAACACGCAGUCGCAACAUUAUUUUAUUGUUAUCGUAAAGGAGAUGACUUGGACAUAUUCUCAUGCACGGAUUUGAAGUGUUCCUGGAGAACGGCACACACCAAUGCCUUGAAAAAAUAUGAUCCUGCUCCAAUCACUGAUCAUCCGUGUUUUUCAAAAUCAAAAGUAGACAAAUUCUUUCAGAAUUUGAAUAAAAGUUCAUCGAGUAAUACACUUGCUGAUGAUGUAUCAUCAGAAGAUGAUUCAGACUCAAAUUCGAUGAUAGCUGAUGAUAACAUUACUGUUAUGAAAAAGUCUAAUUCUUCUAAAAAAUCAAAUGAAGGUCCUAAAUAUUUAUUACAAAAUCCAACGCCCGAGCAAUAUGCUCUAAUGUUUGAAAAAAUAAAACAAGGACUUCCAGAAUCGGCUUUUACAAAACACUUAUUAGGCAAACAUGAACCAAUAGUUGUGCGCAAAAAUAACACUCCAAGUAUUAGUGAUGAAGAGAAAGCAAUAAUAUCUGCAAUUUUCCUUAAUCAAAGAACUGAACUCAUGGAGGAUAUUAAAAAUACUAAAGUAAACUGCGCACAAGAGUGCUGUAAAAAUACGAUGAAGGAUUAUUAUGAAGAUUUCGAGGCUAUUUGUGCUAAUACGAAAUUAAAUUAUGCUGAUUGGCAUAAAGCUCGUAGAUUUCGAAUUACAGGUUCGGUUUGCUAUAAGCUUUACACAUACACUAGAAACAAAAAACCUGAUUGGAAAAAGCAAGCUAAGGAGUUAUUUGAUCCAACUAGUUUCACGAGUGAAUACACUGAAUAUGGCAAAAAAACAGAGGCUGAAGCUCGCUCUCUAUUUAUUGAAAAAGUUAAAAAAACAGUCGUAGAAACAGGCCUCGUAAUUUCAAAACAAAAUCCUUGGCUGGCUUAUUUGCCUGAUGGCAUUAUUUUGACAGAUGGUGUUCCUAGUGCUUUACUUGAAAUUAAGUGUCCUUUCAAAGGAAAAUCUAAAGGUAUUAUUGAAACUGUGCAAUCUGAAGUAAAGAAAAGUCUGAACCAGGAAGAAGAAAAUGUCGUUUUAAAAGAAAAACAUAAAUUUUAUGGACAAAUUCAACUAGGCAUGGCUGUGCUAAAUGUUAAAAAAACAUUUUUCUUUUUUUACUCGUCAUUUGAUAAAGAUGUUUUCGUAAUUAGUGUCGAUUUUAAUGAAAAUUACGUAAAAAUUAUGAUGAAGGCUUUAAAGUUUCCGUUUUUUGAACAUUUAUUGCAUGAAGCGUGUUUACUUAAAAACAAAGAUGUAGAAACCAAAGAAUAA